AUGCGCUCUACAAGUACCAGAGUUCAACGCUCGCAGGCGCUCAGGGAAGAUGCCGGAGCGGGAAAGCGGCAACAGCCCGUGGAGGAGAAAGGAAAGAGCCAGCAAGUGGAAAACUUUGAAGAGGAAACCUGGCCGUCGGGAGGAGCGGGAGGGGUAGCAGAGAUGUUGACGUUGGAGGACGAUGGCGGCGAGGGAAGCAGCAGCUCGGAAGACGAGGAAUGGAAGAGGCUGCGAGAGGAAGCAGCGAGACAGCCAAGACCCUCUGCUCCGCUGAAGGGGAGGCGAGAAGGGAGGGCGGAACGACAGGUGGAGGAGGCGGAGAGGAUGGAGUUCGAGGACGAGGUAGGGGACACAUUCGUCGACAACUUCCCACAGGGUGAAGGGGUGGGAACCCUGAGCAAGAAGCAGGGGGUGGUAGAGCGCAUGAGCUUCGGGGACGACAUAGAGGAUGACGAUGCGCUGUACGAGUACGAGCAAAUCUUCUACGACGAGGAUGACUUCGAUGAGCUCUCUGACGACUUGGACACGGGAAAUGACCAGCAGCCUGUGGAGAUGGGAGAGGGCUAUGACGAUGAGCAUGACGAAGAUUUCGAGGAGGAGGAGGAGGAGGAGGAGGAAGAGGAGGAGGAGGAGAAGGAGAAGGAGGAGGAGGAGAAGGAGAAGGAGGAGGAGAAGGAGAAGGAGGAAGAACGAGAGCAUGGGGUCCCAAGUCUGCCGAUCGAGGGGAGCCAUCGAAAUGCAGGAGGCGGAGAGGGAGAGGGAGGAGGAAGAAGAAGGGAGGACUUUGAGAGCGCGGAAAAGAGUGUUGCCAUGUCAGCGAGAUCGAAGCAUGUGGUGGAAGAGUACGUCGCUGGGUUGUCGACCAUGAUCAUCGAGGGAGUGCUGGAGCAGCUAUCCAAGGACGACCUCAUCCAGGAGGACCGGAGGCCUUCACGACGACUCGGCGACGCCUCGCGGCGAUGGACCUCCUACAGCGUGAGGUCUGUCGACCCUGUGCGCGCUCACACGUCCAUGGGGAAUGUCCCACAUGCACACAGCAGGCAGAGUGAGGGCGGCGGGGUGCUUGAGAGAACAAGUCGGACCGAUGCUUCCCACAGACCUGCCUGGAACUCUGACGUGAGGCUCAACCGCCGACGAAUCUUCGUCGAUGCUCCUAAGACUCCGUACAGCCGGCAUCCUCUCGACAUCUCCGGCAAGAGAGGGUCAGAGUUGGUCAAGACCUUGUCAAGGUCAAGACGGAAAUCGGAGGCCACCUCCAACAAGGGCCAGGAACCUCCCAGCCAGAAGGCCAGCAAGGCUGCCAAGGCGAAGGAGUACUGGGAGAAGCAAAUCCACUCCAACAACUCGACUCGCUCCUUCUCUUCAACUGAAGUCUUCACUUCAAGCUCAGCCCAGCUCCUCCUGAAACCCAACCCCCGCAGCAAGAGCGCAGUGCCACGAGGAGACACGCCUGGCCCGGCAUACUACACCCUCCCCAACAUUCAGACGCGCAAGGGCGGUAAGUUCUCCAAGGGGGAACGUCAGAACGACUUCGUGCGGAGUCGGGCGAUGACUCCCGGGCCAGGCGCAUAUUUCAAGGAUGACAUCAGGGGAGGGAAGAGAAUGCAAGAGCAAGACGAAGGCUACGACCUCUGGCCUGUUGUGGAGGAAUCGUUCCGCGGGGAUCCGCUGGUCUACAACAUCGGCAAGGCUUACCGCUCGUCAGUCACGUCGGAUAUGCGAAUGAUACAAAUCUUAGGAGCCAAUUGGGAGAAUUCCGCUCAGCAGUUCCAUCAUGUGCUAAACCUUGUUCGAAACAGCAGCGUCGAACACGAUCAGUGA